CCCAACACGUCAAAUCAGGCGGCGGCUCCUCCUCCUCCUCACCCGCCCAUGCCUUUCCCUUCACUUUUGCCGUCCGAUCAAACCUAUCCUUGAUAUGAUUAGAAUCUGACGGCUCCAAUGAAAAUAAAAUUCCUUGCCGUCGAGCCGACGAUUACGGGUGACUUCUCCUUGUAGGCCCCUCCGCUUUUUAUAACACCAUCACCUCCCUUCUUGUCCUUCUCUUUCUCUCUCUAACAAAGCUUCCAUCUUCUUUUCUCUCUCUCUCUGGCAAAGUUUCAUUCUUUUUUCCUGUUUGGUCUGCGAACUCAUGGCGUCGGCUGCGAGGGACGGCCACUAUAGGGGAGUAAGGAAGCGGCCAUGGGGACGGUACGCGGCGGAGAUCCGCGACCCGUGGAAGAAAACGCGGGUCUGGCUCGGAACCUUCGACACGCCGGAAGAGGCUGCGCUGGCCUACGACGACGCCGCCCGGACCCUCCGCGGCGUCAAGGCCAAGACCAACUUCCCGGCGCCGCAGCCCGCCGCCCUCUCUCUCGACCUCAACGCGCCGUCUCGCCGCCUCUUCAUCCAGGACUUCCUCAACAAUCCAAGUCCACUCGCCAACCCGGCCAUCUCCGGUGACCGGCACAGCGACUUCCCGGCGCAGGCGGGAGCCUCCCCGGCGGCGUAUUUGGGGAUGGUGAGGCGUGGGUUGGCGAUAGAUUUGAACGAGCCGCCUCCCCUGUGGCUCCUGUGAGGACCAUCGUUUUCGAUCCGUUGGCUGAAGAAUCUCUAUAAUUUUGCGAUGAUUUCAGACAUUAUCGUAUAUGUCGGGAAAACUUGAGACAACUGCUUGUAUCGCCAUCUCUGUGUGUAUAUAUUCAUGCUUCUGAAACCUUUCCUUGAGCUCUUUUCCAGUCCAUGCAUGGCGAUAUACGUAUAUUUAUAUAUAUAUAUAUACACACAGCACAGUCAUGAUCAUAUGUAUGUAUACAUUAUCAUAGAAUAUGGUUGUGUUGAACAUCGUAAACUGAAGAAGAGAUCGUCGGCCGUACAUCGUUUUCCGAGAGUUGGCAGGCCGUUUUCUCUCACCGGGGACUGCAAUUAAUUGCUUUGAUUAGCAGUUGUUAUCUGUAAAAUCUGUGUCAUCACGCGCGUGCAACUUAAUUAAUUAGUUUUUUAAUAUUCUCCUGUCUCCUUAUUUGGAAAUUCUGGUGAAGAAUUUCAAAUGAAAGCUUAAUUUUAAUAGCGACUCUUCUUAUUGUAGUUUUGUUCUUGUUUUUCUGAUUUUUGAUGAAUUUUACUGUAAUUAUUAUAA